GCAAAGAUGUGGAACGAUAGUUUACCAAGUGUUUUUUCUAAUGGGAUGGAGUUUUGUAAUCAGAUAGUGUUUGAUUUUCCAUCUACGGACACCGAUGCUGACAUACACAUGAAAUUAAUGAAUUGUUCCAGAAUGACGAAUGAAAGUCACGAAGACUUUUACUAUCGAGUCUUGGCAAUAGGUCAUAGAGGUCUUAUGCAAGAUAAUUCAAUUAAUCAAUAUAUUCUCAAAGGACUAAACGACUAUGGAAUGCAGCAGUCGCUGGCUAGCAAUUUGUAUGUGACAUCAAAUGAUCUUCUAGUUGCAAUACGAAGGCAUUUAGGAAAUGCGCCACUGCGAGUUCAACAGAGAGUGGAUAAAAAUAUAAAAGGCGAAAAUGCACGGAUAAGAUGUUAUAACUGCAACGAGGAAGGACACGUUUCUAUAAAUUGCAAACAACCAAAAAAACGCUUACAAUGUAAAAACUGCCAGAAAGUAGGUCACACCGAAGCAAAUUGUAGAUUUGUAAAAGAGCCGGUAAAGAAAAUUGACAAGAAUAAAAUUUCUCCGAUAUCUGGAAUCAUUAAAGAAGUACAAAUCAAUGGUAUGUUUUUAACAGCAUUUAUAGAUCCAGGCAGUUCGAUGUCUUUAAUUAGAAAAAGUUAUGCUACAAUAUUUCGUGGUGAAAUACCGUAUACAGGACGUGCGUUGCAAGGGAUGUUUGGCGGCGGUUAUGAAUGCACAACACAGUUAAAUAUAACUUUACGGAUAGACGCAAUAGAAUUUUCGGUAUCUCUAUUGAUUAUCGAGGACAAAUUCAUGAACGAGCCAAUUUUGGUGGGUAACGAUGUGCUGUACAACCAGUGGUACGAUUUGUUAUAGAAGAUGAUUCCAGUAGAAUAGAGAAAAUUGAAUUAACCAAUUUGAGCGUUGAUCCCAAUAUAAAUGAAAAUUCCAAAGAUGAUUGGAAUUGGUAAGCUACGCUGACUGUUUUGCUUCCAAAAUGUCAAAGCUAGGUAAAUAAAUCAAAAAUAAAUUAACGAUUCGCUUAAAGUCAGACGUGCCAGUUAGUAGACGACCAUCUCGACUCCCUUUUGCAAAACGUGAAUGUGUAAAAGAAAUUAUAAACGAACUUCUUUCAAACAACAUUAUUCGUCGAAGUAAGUUAUCGUUUGCGUCACCAAUAGUCCUAGUGAAAGAAAAGAAUGGAGAAGAUCGGCUAUGUGUGGACUACCGGGAGCUAAAUAAAAUCACAGUUAAAGAACCUUUUCCUAUGCCGAUCAUGGAAGAACUGUUUUCUUCGUUACCUGGUGACCGAUAUUUUACCAUGCUCAAUCUGAUGUUUGGUUAUCAUCAAAUCGCCGAAGAAGAAGGCAGUAAGCAGUACACUGCGUUCAUGGCUUACGAUGGCCACUUCGAGUAGAACUACACGCCAUUUGGUUUGGUAAACGCGCCAGCUGUUUUUCAGUCAGUAAUGAAUUCAGUGGUUAGCAAAAUGCCAGCAGGCCAAAUUAUUACAUAUUAAGAUGAUGUUGUUAU